GGUUUUUAGCCGUUGCAGGCAGUGACCGUCUUCUCGAUAUUUGUAGGGGAAAGUGCAUUUGUCUUCCUUUUACCAUCGGGAGGAGGAGGUUUAUCUUGUUGCGACAGAACAGUGUGGCUAUCAAAACUGGGGAGUAAAAGACGAACCUAGGGAAGGCUCUGUCAGUAUGGAGGAGGAUUCACUAUUUGAUAAAGUUGAAAAAGUAAUUGGCUGCCAUGUGGAAGAUGCAGUAACAUUUUGGGCACAGAACAUUAAUAGACAUCAUGACAUCUUGAAGACUAGCUGUGCUCUAGCUGAAAUUUGUCCUCAAGCCAGAUCAGUUUUUGGUAAUCCUGAUCUUGCUAAGGUUUAUGGUGGGUGCUUUUCUGAAGAUAAAUGCUGGUAUAGGUGUAAAGUACAAAGGGUUAUCAGUGAUGAAAAGUGUCAGGUAUUAUAUAUUGAUUAUGGAAACUCUGAGAUUCUUAACCGGUCAGAAAUAGUUGAAAUUCCUUCAGACUUGCAGUUUCCUAGUGUGGCCGAAAAAUAUAGACUGUGGGGAUUUCAGAUUGCAGUUAAUCAAGAUUUGAAUCGGUUUGACCAGGGAAGGAAGUUCCUGAAUAGCUUGAUUUUUGAAAAAGAAGUGAAAAUAACAUGCAAGGGCACAUGUCUUGAUGGAACCAUUCUUGCCCUUGCAGAGUGUGGUGUGCUGAGUAUUGGGGAAGAAAUGGUAAAGAAAGGAUUUGCUGAAAGGUCCAAGUGUCCUGUAAGCAAUAAUAACUGUGAUACCCAGACAGAUUCUUCUAAAUCCCAAUCAAGGAAUGCAAAACCAACAACUUCAGUGUGGUCAAACAGAGCUAACUCUGCAGCGAGCAACAGAGUUAGAGGCUUUGGGGAUCAUAUGCCUCAGAAUGGUUGGAAUGAGAACAAUACUGCAAAUCAUGUGCCGUUUAUCAAGGAAAAAAUGAUAGCUUGUGAUUUGAGCAGGGCAUCAAAUAUUAGCCUGGCAAAAAUCAAACAAGAGCAAAAACUUAUAGAGGAGAAUUUAAAGCUAAAAGAAGAGAAAAUGGCUUUCAAGGAAGAGAACCAGAAUCUUCUCCAUCUGUGUGAAGAACUUAAAUCAAAGGUUGAGAAGCUUGAUUGUGAACUGGAGGCAAAAGAGAAAGCUCAUAAGGAGACUCUGUCUACAUAUGUUGGAACUACUGUGAGAAAUUUGGCUGUGAAGUUUGAGAAGCUGAAAGACAUUAGGCAUACCUCUUUGAAUGAUUGCUUUGGGGAAGACCUUUCAGAAGCUGUAAAAGCAGUAACAGAAGAAUGUCUUGCUGCUCCUCCCUCUUUGGAAAAGCUGGAGAAGAUUUGGGCUGAAUAUAACAUUGCUCAAGAGGAAAUAAGCUCAUGCAAAUACAUGGAUGAAGUUCAAAACUUGAUUCCUACAAGGAAUGAAAUGCAGCAGAAAUUAUACUGUGCGGUAGAUGAAUUCAUUAUGGAAGUGGAUAAGUUGCCCAUUUCUGAGCGUCUAGCAACUUUGCAGAGAUUGCAGGAAUAUUUGGAGGCCGCAUACGGUGAAGCUCAUGAAGCGCAGGGUUCUGAGGGAAUAUUUGAGGAGUUCUUUGAAUGGAAGCAUGUUAAGAUGGAGGGAUUAAACCAUGUCAGAAGUACCACAGAUGCUUCUCUGCAAGAUUUUGUAACUUGCUUCAAUGGGAUAAUUAAGUGCUUUGACAUAACAUCAGAAACAUUUUUGAAAUCUGAAGAUGCAAUUGGCAACAUUGAUGAUGUUCUCAAGAAGGCUGAGUUGGAUAUUUCCCAAGAACUGAAUAUCUCCUUGGUUGAACUAGAUGAAGCAGAUAAAAAUAUAAUCUUGACUGUGUACAAUGAGGUAAUGUGGAAGAUCCACCAAGAGCAAUGUCUCCUGACUGCUGUGUAUCACAAAUAUCUGGACAGUGUUGAGUUCAAAAAGCAGAUUGUGGAGUGGCUGGAUAGAAGUCCCAACAUUGAUGAUUUGUUACUGGUUAAGAAGAGACUGAAAAACCUGAAGGCCCAGCUGAGGUGGAAGCUGGUUGAGAAGAGCAACUUGGAAGAAUGUGAUGAUUACAAUGAGUCUGAGAUGGCCAAAAUAAAAGAAGAAAUUGCUGUGCUACGUAAUAGUGUCUUUCAGAAUGUAUCUCAAGAACAAGAAGAAUAUGAGAAGCUUAAUCACCUGGUACAGAAAUGGUUCCCUGAACUGCCACUCCUUCAUCCAGAAGCAGGAAUUUUGGAGUAUAUGAACUCAGGAGGUCUUCUCACAGUCAAUUUGGAGCGUGAUCUUUUAGAUGCUGAACCAAUGAAGGAACUGAGCACAAAGCACUCUGUAGUUCGUUCAGAGUUUCAAGGGCAGAAAGUCCUUCUAAAGGGAUAUGUUGUGGAUAUGAAUACAGAAACAGGAGUGAUAAAAAGAGCAGCGGAAUAUCACAAAGCCUGGAGAGAAUUAAAGGAGGAAUCUGGUUUAAUGCAGCUGGUGUUCCUGUUUUUAUGCAGGUGUGAUCCAUUGGCAUAUGUGAUGGUACCGUAUUAUGCUGGAGCAAGUCUGGGUGCAUUGCAGGCUAGCGUUCCUUUAACUCCAGGUGAGAUAUUGAAAAUAAUGAAAGGAGUAGCCAGAGGUCUGCAGACGUUACAUACAGCAAACGUGGUGCAUGGCUCGCUGCAUGAAAAGAAUGUAUUUGCUGUAAACCGGGAACAAGGAAUUGUUGGAGACUUUGACUUCACCAAAUCAGUGGAUCAGCGUGUUGCAGUGGAUUAUAUACUAGCAAAUGGUUUGAGUUUAACUUCUCCUGAAGUAAAAAAUGGACAGCCACCAUCUCCAGCUUCAGAUAUGUAUGCUUAUGGCUGCCUACUUUACUGGUUGUUUGUUGGAAAUGUGGAAAUAAAAAGAAAUCAUGAUGGAACGCCCCAAAUUGAUGGGAUUAAUAUGGAUGAUAAAGUUAGAUCUCUCCUUUUGAAUCUCCUCUGCUGUGGCAAUCGAAUGAUCUCUGAGCAGGUGCUGAAUGAUGACUGUUUUCUACUGCCUGACCUAAACCCAGUUCCACCAGAAGAUGAACCAGCUGAAUGUGGAAAUGAAGGAGAAAAAACAAAAAGUGAAAUAGGAUCUGAUGACUUGCAGGGUAGUGAGUCAGAACACUCUUCAGAGACUGUAAUACUAGAUACUGACUAGUGUUAGAUUGCCAAGUCAAAUGAGGCUACCUUAAAUUUCAAAUUUUAGAAAAGAAAUUAUUCUCUAAUUUUGGAACUUUGAAACAAGAAGCAGUAGAACCACUGCUGGCUCAGUUACACAGUGCAGUUGAAUUGUAAUUAUUGUAAGAGUUUGUAUACAUGCAUUUGUUUCAUGCUUUGGGCUUGGCACUUAUAUUUUAAAACAGAUUUAGAAUGUGUUUGGUUUAAGUACAAGCCUGAGUUAUGGCUCUAAUUCUGUUCUUCUUGCUGACAGCUAUUCCUUUCACUUAUUUCCCAGUUUCUAUGCUUGCUUCAGAGCAAGUAGUUUCUUAGACUAUUUUACAGAGCUGUUUGAGUCUCUGAGCAGAAAGUGCCUUUGGAUUUGGUUUGCACAGAACAACAAUCUAGUUGAUAAUCCUUUUAAAGGACUUCCUCACAUUGUAUUUUUGCAGGAUUGCCAGUGUGUUACCUGGUUGACCAAAUCUAAAAUACUAUUCUUGAAUAUAAACACAAAAUACCGGCAAAAGAAAACAUCAAAACCUAGAAGAAUGUUUUGUGAUGUGUUACAUAAUAAGCAAUGAUAAUUGGGCUUAUAUUUUGACCUAAAUGUGCCUGACAUGAUUCUGGAUAGAACUGCUUGGUUUAAAACUUUAAAAUCACAGGCAAGUUUUUCAGUCCUUUUAUAAGUCUGAAGGAUGUUCACAGUAAUUAGAGAGUGGUUUGAAUAAAACAUAGAAGCAAGUCUGUGGUUUACUCCAUCUAGCCAGUAGGUGGUGCACUUGGUUUUAUGCUAUUGAGCACUGUAAGCGCUGGCAUCAGAAUUUAUGGUAGGGAAGGAAUUGUAUGGUACAGCUUGUGAGGCUGAUUCAAGUAGGUCAUUGCCAUGUAAAGCAUGUAUGAUAUGUGACUUUUAUAUUGGAAAGGAACUGUUUCUAAGUUGAUAAAACUAAUUCCGUUGUUCCAGUUGCAGACUAGAACUCUGUCACACUUCAUUAAUAUGUUUAUAUUUCUUUUAACUGUUCUUGGUUGUCUGUUCAUUUUCUUUUACUGUAAGAGGACUGCAGAAUUUAAUUUUAGAUUUUUGUAUAUAUAAUAAAGGCAAUGCAAAACAUA